GGCGGGGUGUGGAUGUACGCAGAUACGUUGUUGCAGCAUCACAACAGAGGAAUAUAAUAAGGAACCAGGGUUUUGUUUUGUGGAAUUAAUUUUAUUUCAAGCGAGUUAAAAAAAAAAGGUUAAGAUUCUCUACACCAUAUAAACGUGUCACACCACGGUUUCCCGGGCCAAUUCUUACCCACAUCCAUUUCUUUUCUGUGGUUAGCUAGCUAACUGGUGCCUGCGCCGUAACAUCAGACACUAAGUUUAGCCUCUUCAAAAAGAUUAUUUUAUAAAUGGCCUCACCGGACAGCGGGGACGGCGGAGAGUCCGACGUGACUCUUGCAGCAUGUGUCUUCGACAGCUUCAAUGAGAGCGACGAGACCAGAACUCUCAUCGCUAGUCUGCCGGAGGUCCACGAGGGCAUGGAAACCAGAGAAACCGCCGAACAGAGGUUUCUGGUGAUAAUGAACAGAUACCAAGAUCAGCCUCAUCUGCUGGACCCACAUCUAGAAUGGAUGGUAAACAUGAUACUGGACUUUGUAAAGAAUGAACAGUCUCCUUCUUCACUGGUUCACCUGGGCUUCAGGUUUCUCUAUAUUAUCUCGAAGGUAAGAGGCUAUAAAAUCUUCAUGCAUCAGUUGCCUCAUGAGGUAGCUGAUCUCCAGCCAGUUCUGGACCUACUGUCCAAACAGGAUUCCACAGACACUGAGACUUGGGAAACUCGCUACAUUCUGUUGUUGUGGCUGUCCAUGACCUGCCUCAUACCCUUUGACCUCUCUCGUCUGGAUGGCCACCUGGACUCAGAUGGAGGUAGCACGAGAGAAUCCACUAUGGACCGCAUCUUAAACAUUGCAAAGUCUUAUCUAGUCGUCAGCAGUAAACCCAGGGAUGCUGCAGCCGUACUGGUAUCAAAGUUCAUGACACGCCCUGAUGUGAAACAGAAGUGCCUUGGAGAUUUUUUGGACUGGAGCCUCUGCAUUAUUUCCCAGACCAGUGAUCAGUCACUGACGGAUGUUAGGGUGCUGGAUGGUGCCCUGCAGUCUCUGGCAAAGCUUUUUAAACAUGGGAAACGAGAUGACCUCCUGCAGUAUGCUCCUACAGUUCUGCAAUGUCUCGAGCAGAAACAUCUGUUAGAGAGCAGUGAGGCCAUUUUGAGGAAGUUCAGUGUCAAACUAAUGCAACGACUUGGCCUCAAUUUUCUGAAGCCACGUUUGGCUGCUUGGCGGUACCAGAGAGGCAGCCGCUCCCUGGCCGCAAACCUUUCCAUGUCCCAAACUGCUGUAACAGCUGAUGCUGUGACUCCUCAUGCAGACACACGGGAACAGGAGGAGGACUUUGACAUACCUGAAGAAGUAGAGACUGUUAUUGAGCAUCUGCUGGUGGGACUAAAGGACAAGGAAACAGUGGUGCGCUGGUCUGCAGCAAAAGGCAUUGGGAGGGUGACUGGGAGGCUUCCCAAGGAAUUGGCAGAUGAGGUUGUUGGAUCACUGCUGGACUGCUUGAGCUUCCAGGAAACUGACAAUGCUUGGCAUGGAGGCUGCCUGGCCUUGGCAGAACUUGGUAGGCGAGGCCUGCUGUUGCCUUCCAGAUUGACAGAUGUUGUGCCACUCAUCAUCAAGUCACUGAUCUAUGAUGAAAAGAGGGGAGCAUGCAGUGUUGGUUCUACUGUGCGAGAUGCUGCCUGCUAUGUGUGCUGGUCAUUUGCCAGAGCUUAUGAGCCCACAGAGCUCCAGCCUUUCGUCACUCAGAUUGCCAGCGCUUUGUUGAUCACGGCCGUGUUUGAUAGGAACGUUAACUGCCGCAGAGCUGCUUCUGCUGCCUUCCAGGAGAAUGUUGGCAGACAGGGAACUUUUCCUCAUGGUAUUGACAUUUUAACUGCAGCAGAUUACUAUGCUGUUGGAAAUCUCAACAGCUGCUACCUGAACAUCAGUGUUUACAUAGCCAGUUUCCCAGAGUACACCAAUGCUAUGAUAGACCAUUUAAUAGCCAUGAAGAUCAACCACUGGGACAGCGUGAUCCGGGAGCUCGCAAGUAAAGCUCUUCACCACUUGACGCCUCAAGCGCCUGAUUAUAUGGCAACAACAGUUCUGCCAAAGCUGUUGACCAUGGCUGUGGGCAUUGACCUUCACGGUCGCCAUGGAGCUAUUCUGGCAUGUGCAGAGGUCACGCAUGCUCUUUACAAACUGGGCCUUCAGACCAACAGGACUGUGGUGGACAUGAUUUCCUCAGAAUGCGUAGAUGCAUUAAAAAACAUUCACCAAAACCUACACAACAGAAAACAAUACAGGGGUUUUGGUGGAGAGCUAAUGAGACCAGCAGUGUGCAGCCUAAUAGAAAAGCUGUCCUUGUCCAAAAUGCCUUUUAAGAAUGAUCCACUUAUCGCCGAGUGGCAGCAAUUCAUUGAUGACACCAUACGAACCCUUCAUCUUGUUUCUUCUGGAGUGAAGGACAGCAUGAUGGAUGCUGUGAUAGCAGCCUUGUCUGCCUUGUGUGAGGAAUACUACCAGACACAGUCAGGACAGGCUGACCCACAAAUCCAAGAUGCCCUGGUAUCUCGAUACGUUGACGGACUCAAGAGUCCACAGAUACUCAUGCGUUGUGGAUCCGCCCUUGCCCUCGGCUGUCUGCCGAGAUUUAUCAUCAGUGGUAAACUGGAACAGAUCCUGGAAGGUCUUCAGCAGAUGUGCACAGUAACCCAGGAGGCGAGUUUUACAGAGGCGAGGAGAGAUGCUGUCAAGGCAAUUUCUCAAGUGUGUGUGACGGUUGGUGUUUGCGUCCAGGGUUCCCCAGACUCUGCUCUUUGUGGUGAAAAUGUAGCUGGGGUGUAUGACACGCUGCUCAAAAACAUCAACGACUACACAACCGACAGCAGAGGGGACAUAGGAGCCUGGGUGAGGGAGGCAGCAAUGACCAGUCUGAUGGAUGUGACACUGCUGGUGGCCAGCACUGCUCCAGAGAUCCUUUCUUCAGAUCAGAUGAGAUGCAUGAUGUGUGGCCUGGCCAAGCAGGCAGCUGAGAAGAUCGACCGAUCCAGAGCCCACGCCGGCAACAUCUUCUUGCGCCUCCUCCAUAGCACAGAGCCUGCAGUACCACAUAUCCCCCACCGGGAGGAGGUCUUGGCCAUUUUUCCUGUUGAGACGAUAACCAGUCUGAACUGGAACGCUUCAUCCCAGUCAUUCCACUAUAUCAGUCAGCUGCUGGGACUGCCACAGUAUCACUACCACACCCUGCUAGGGCUCACCGUGUCUGUGGGAGGGAUCACCGAGUCUACGGUAAAUUUUUCCUCCCAGUCAUUGCUCAACUACCUGAAAGGAAUCCAAGACGACAGUGUUGCUCUGACACAGUUUGGAGAUACUUUGCUCUCCAUCUUCAGAGACAAUCUCCACAAUGAUAGGGUAAAUAUUCCUUUUCUUAAGAUGCUCAAUCUGUUGCUCACAAACGGCUGCUUUGAAAUCUUCAACACACAAGAGAAUCAUCAGUUCUGUGUGGAUAUUCUGGAUCUUUGCAAAGAGCUCAGGAAAUCCAAAGAUGUCACAAAGCUGAAUGCCUGUAUAGCCAUCUUCUGUGGUCUGAUGCAGUUCCAGGGUGAGGUUAGGAAGAAGGUUCUGUCCCAGCUGCUCAUGCUACUCUGCCAUUACUUCCCUGUGGUAAGAAGGAGCACAGCGAGUCAAAUGUAUGAGAUGCUGCUGAUCCACGACGAUGUCGUCGAUCCAGAGUUGCUGGAUGAUGUGUUGACCCUGCUGAGCGAUACUGACUGGGGGAAUGACCUCGACACAGUACGGGUUCACAGGAAUCAGCUGUGUGACUGGUUUGGAAUCUGCAGGCCGAGGGUGGUUGCCAAGCAGAAUCCUGUUCCGGGUCCCUGAGUUGCCUGUGAAAUUCAGCGGGGAAAUAUGUAGCGGCAGAAAAAUUAGGAACAGACCAAGAAUAAUGUAAUCAUGUACAAGUUUUAUGUGACAAUAAAGCCACAAAAACAUUA